AUGGUCAAUGGAGAUGUCGUUUCAGGUUCCAUUAUCGAUCUUGUUUAUACGAACCGGCCUUAUUCCUUGAUCCACGUUGAUACUGCAAGUAACCCAGUGACAUCUGAUCAUCAUGCUGUUAACAUCCGUAUCCGUUCUCCGAGACCUUCGCCCCAACGAGCCACUUUGAGGUCCUUUCUACAGGUUCACUUGGCUCUUCUACUCUUCUACUGUAAGCUCCUUGGAGGUUUUAUCGUUAAGAACAUCCAGGAACAUAUUUAUGCAAAUGGACUUCUCAACCCUGGGCAGCAUGGUUUUGUCUCUGAUGAUGUUCUUAUUUUUAGGAACAUCUAUUCAUCUGCAGAUGAACAUCAACUUCAAUUAGAUCUUGUUGCUUUGAAUUCUUGGUGUGCAAGAAAUGGAAUGACUUUUAAUACCUCAAAGACAAAGGGUAAAACAAGUUACUAUGAGCAGCAUUUGAAAUCAUCCCAUGAGAGAGUGUCUGCAAGUGAGUUCUACCAGGCCAAUCCAAGCCGGGGCUUGAGGCAUUUCGUCCUUCAUCUUCUAAAGAUCUUUGGAGAGGGCAUUCAGGGCAAGGGUGUGGUGAUCGAUGACGAGAACUGGUCAAGGAAGACAAGACAGUCAUGCAUGCAGAGUAUUAAAGCAAAGCUCCCUUCCUGCAAGUUCAUCUGCCAUGUUUGCAAGCCUAGAGAUGCCUUUGAAUGUCUGUGGAGAAGAGAGUGGGUCUUGGCGGAAUACUUCUCAAAGGGAGACAACAAACCUGGCCAUCACCGGUCUCCUUCCACUGUGGACCUGUCUGACACUGAGGGCAGAAUACACAAGUGGUUUCUUCACGAGAGUGGUGAGCAUGUUGCAGGUUUAGAUGCUUUGGAGGAGAGUGAGGGAUGGCACCAGAUCAAAGAGAUAAAGACCAGUCUUCAGCCAAGAACAAAUUACAAGUUUGAAGUCCCUGCUGUAUUUUUAGAUUGGCAGGCUUUGAUGGGAAACUCUACCAAUCACCUUGUGGAAGCUCUUAAGAUAUGGAACCAUAAAACGUUAUGUGGUAGAGUCAUUGUGCUAGCAACAGAUGCAGAUGAGGUAUCUGAUGACAAAGACUCCCAAGAUUCAGACCCUGGUGAUAUCUUCAAAUCAACCCUAAAAAAAAUCCAAGCAAAGACAAAAUCCUUAGCGGGAGAACUAAGCGUACCAGUUUUCUAUCUCAUCAUCAAGGAGCCUGCACAAAGUGGAAGUUUCACCAAAUCCCCCAAGCCUGGUAUCCUUUCUUUUCUGCAGCGCCUGCACCUCAUCGAUAUCCAUCACCCAGGAACUGUGUUUAUCUACCAGUCUGAAAGAAGCAGGGCUACCGAGUUUGCUCAAACCGGAAUAAAGCAGUUUGCAGCUGAUUCGGUCUGCAGGAAUCCUGAGGUGUUGGCGCAUUGCCAAGGAGGGAGGGUCUCUGGCUCCGCCCAUGAGUCGAUUUUGGAUUUUGAUUAUGUUUUAGAGAGCAAGGAACAGAUUCCCAGUGUAAUACCACACUUGAAUGAGAUUAUUAGUGAUGACGCUGAUGAUGUAAGAACUUAUGUUGGGGAGGAGAGAUGGGGAAGGGUCCUCGGUGUCAGCUACAAGGACAAGGAGACCUUGCAAAGAUUCCAACAAGAAUACACGGCCAAUGCCUCCCACAUUUCAGCUGAAGGGAGUAAAAUGAGGCACAAAUCUGUGCAGGAUGGAGUCAAGAGAGGGAGCUCUUCAAUUCCAGUAAAGUACAAUGAACCUAGUAGUCCUCAAGAAGAUGGAAGGAAUGACAGAGUGGAGUCUAAGCAGAGAACAGCACUCCCAUCAUGGAUGACACCAAAGAGAAGGAAGAAUGAAGAGGAAAAUGAAGAUCAAAUAAAUGCAGUCAACAAAAAAUACGAUGGAUUGCCUCAAACCAUUUAUUGUAUGACAGUAGCAGAGCUCAGAGAUGUAGCACUGAUGUUUCUUAAUCAGGAUGGAGGCAGUGUUACAAGUUCAGGGUCUCUCUCAGAACCUGACGAUGCAAGUGCGAUUGCGUACGAUGCCCAAGGAGCUGAAAGGCUGGAGCCAUCUGAUAAUGAUGAGAAUGCAGAGAAUGAAGACAGAGACUUGGACCAAGGAACAGCUGAAGGAAGUAGACAGAAGACAUCUCUUCCAGGAGAUGAGGAAAGGGAAGUCUUGGGAGAGGAUGGUGAUGACCGGGAUAGGAGGAAAGCGAAACUAGGAAGUGGUGAUGGUAGUAGAGAUGAUGGGGUCGCCAGCAUCAUCACAGAUCUCCUCGUGGAAGAGAGAAGACACAGGAAGCCACCACCCAAAAAGAAGACAGUGAGGUCACCUUUCUCUACGUCGUCUACAAUGCUUUGGUCAGAUGAGGAGGAGUCAUCCUACCAACCAGAUACCACCAGUACAUCAUCAACAAGGAAUCCUCAAGUCAAAGAGAAGUCAAAAGGCAACAAACCACAGAUUCAAGACUUCUCCUUCUUGGAUGAAAUAUUUUGAAGAGGAGUGUAAGAAAUGUAACUGAUAUUUUGUGGUAUUUUUUUUUCUUUUGUAUUGUUUUAUACUCCAAAAUGUCACAAAUAUUCAAAAAUUUGUUAUCACAUGUCUUUUGCAGAGAUGUAUAAAGGUUUUUUUUUUAGCAACCUGUGCUUAAUAUUCAGCCUAUGAAAUGCUUAUUCAUCCUGUACUAUAGUUUUUGGUACAGGCAUCUCUUCUUUUUUGUGUGAGUGCCUGAAAUAUGCAUACAGGUACUUCCAUACUGUGUUUAUACAAGCAUUGUGCUGUAUGGACAGGAGCUGUUCAUUUGAUAAACAUGUUAUGGCAGUGUGAUGAAAGAUUCUCUAAAUUACAACUUUUCGAAGUAACAAUUUAUUUCAAAUCUGCCUCUUGCAAACAAAAGUAUAGAUUGCUUUUCUAGUUGAUAUAUAGAAAAUGAUCUAAUACUUUUCGAAUUUGCAGUUGAAUGCAAAUAAGUCUCUUGAAAUGCCCCUUAAUUUGUUCUGUUGUUCUUUGUGUUAUUCAUCCUCAUUUGGGGUCAAGUGUCAAAAUCAUGGCAUGGAUUUGUGACGUCACAUACAUGCUAUGUUUUGUGAAAUCAAGCGAAAUGUUAAAUCCCAUAAUUCCUAUUUUACAUCCAAUUCAGAUAAAAUUUUCAGUGCCAUGCUUUUUUUAAAUUUUUUUAUCUAAAUUAACUUUUUGUUGGUUUGACCUUGGUCUUUAAAAAAAGGGAAAAUUGACACCUCCUUAUGACUUAAUAAAAACACUCAAACAAGUGAAAUGCCCUUUUCAUAAUCUCCAGCUUUUGCUCCUCAUUCUCCAAGGGGUGAUAUCUUCAAAAGACAUGCCUCUUUGCAACAGCUGGAUCUUGGACAAGAUGGUUCAUUUACAUCUACACACAAAAACAUGAAAAUGUAAAAUGUGGCUUUUAUUUGCUUUGACAUCUGAUAAUAGUCUUGUAAUUUCCAUCAUACUCUAAAUUUAUUAUUUUACCUUUUUCUUCCAAGGCAUGUCUCUGACACCAUAAUCAUACAAAAGUUCUUCCCCUUUUGAUAUAUUCUUGGUAGCAAACAUGCACAAAUGUGUAUGUGACUGCAUAUCUACAUGCAUUCUCCUCCCUUGUCCGGUUAAGAAAUCUGCCACCUUUGGCGCAUCUAAAAGUUAGACUGAACUGAAAUAAGGGCAAAGAGAGUGGAAAAAGCAUGCGCGGGCUACCCCGACACACUUAAUGAGUCGCAUACACUUCAAACGCAACACCAACAAUAUUCCAGUAAAUCUGCUGAAAAAGGAAGAGACUGGAAUAUUUGGAGAUCUGCAACCCAUCCCGGCGUUAAGAGAGCCAUAGUAACAAUGGGCAAAACAGGAUCCAUCUUCCCCAAACAUCAUUGAACACAAGCUUACAUGCAAAUAUACAUUUACCCUUUUACAACAACAAAAACAAAUGCACAGAAUAAGACAAUGUAUAUUAUAAAUGCAACUAUGACUAAUUUGAUAAAGUCCUGUUAUUCAAAUUUGAUAUAUUCAAUUCACACACACACAAUUAUCAAUAAAAUGCUAAAUGUUAUUUGUCAGCAUAUAAAUUCAAAUACAUUUAGAGAAUUAAAAAUAUUCAGUAUUGACAAAGCACAAAAUAAAAAAGAAGAAACAAGAUCGAAUCAAUCAAAAUAUGAAAUAACCAAUUAAUAAAAUGAAGUGCAAUAUAAAACAUGACCAAUGCAUAGCAAGAAUGCAGAAUCCAGUCAAAUGGUAAAUCCAAAUAAAACAAAUUAGUCCAAGCAAUAAAUGCAUAGGAGAAAUCGUCAUUUCUUAUCAUUACAGUCUACAGCAUACUAGUAUACCGUCAUUCAUGUUGCUAUCUCAUUCGUAACUACAAUUAUUGUCAAUCAGAGUUCACAUUCUUUUAAUUAGUAAAAGAAAUUAAUAAAAUAAUCACACAAUUUUACAUUCAUAUGAAAUAUUCAUUUCAUCAAUUCAACCGGACAUGUACUUUUACUCACGAGUAAGCCUGUGUAAAACUUUCUUUUUCCAAAAUAACAUUUCAAAUAAUAUUCAGAUGAUAAAUGGUCGUCGAUCAGCAC